AUGCAUCUGCGCGAUGGUAUGUGGCUGCCCGCCGAGGGCGUCCGCACCGAGUAUGCUGAGGACGUCUACGAGAUCACCCCCCAGGAGGACCAGCAGGCAUUGAACCUGCUGUGCCCGGUCAAGCACAUCAACUCCCGCGGCGACACCCUCAACCAGCCGACCGUGACCCUCGACCUCAAGGCCGAGAUGGACGGCGUCAUUUCCAUCGAGUCGACACACUGGGCCGGCGCCCAGAACAAGGGCCCUCACUUUGACCUCUUCCCCGAUGGAAAGCCUUCUGUCGAGGGCAAGAUCGUCAAGAGCGACAAGGGCACGACUCUGCAGUCCGGCUCCCUGUCCGCCACGAUCCAUCCCGACACUCACAACUUUGAGAUCAAGCUGCACAGCACCGACGGCUCCAAGCACCUCACGACGCUGGGCAACCGCAGCACCGGCUUCGCCUACACAACCGCUCCCAGCACGCCCAUGCAGCUGGGUGACAUGCGAGACUUUAAGCACUACAUGUUUAUGCAGACGACUCUCUCGGUCGGCGAGUCGGUCCACGGCCUUGGAGAGCGCUUUGGCGCCUGGAACAAGGUCGGCCAGAACGUCAUCCUCUGGAACGCCGAUGGAGGCACUUCCAGUGACCAGGCUUACAAGAACGUCUCGUUCUGGAUGAGCAACCGUGGAUACGGAGUCUUUAUCGAUAACCCGGGCCGUGUGGACAUGGAGAUUGGCAGCGAGCGAUGCUGCCGAGUUCAGACCACUGUUGAAGGCCAGCGCCUUAAGAUGUACAUCAUUUACGGCGACGGUCCCAAGGAUGUGCUCAAGAAGUACACUACCCUUACUGGCAAGGCCAACAAGGUUCCCAGCUGGAGCUUUGGUCUCUGGCUGACCACCAGCUUCACCACAAACUACGACGAGGCCACCGUCAACUCGUUCCUCGAGGGCAUGAAGGCCCGCGGCUCGCCCGUCGACGUCUUCCACUACGACUGCUUCUGGAUGAAGGGUUUCCGCUGGACAGAUUUUGUCUUUGACGCCGAGCGAUUCCCAGACCCCAAGGCUCAGAUUGCCCGACUCAAGGAGAGCGGCCUGUGCAAGAAGGUCUGCGUCUGGAUCAACCCCUACAUCGGCCAGGCUGGUGAGGCCUUCAAGCAUGCCGCUGAGAAGGGUUAUCUUCUUAAGCGCAAGAACGGCGAUGUCUGGCAGUGGGAUCUGUGGCAGGCCGGUAUGGGUCUUCUGGACGUUACCAACCCUGAGGCUUGCGCUUGGUACGUCGAGUGCCUCAACGGCCUUUUCGACAAGGGUGUCGAUGCCCUCAAGACCGACUUUGGCGAGCGUAUCCCCACGCUCGACGUCCAGUGGCACGACCCCAACGUCGACCCUCACAAGAUGCACAACUACUACGCCUUCCUCUAUAACAAGCUUGUAUACGAGGCCGUGCAGAAGCGCUACGGCAAGGACGAGGCUGUCCUCUACGCCCGUGCUGCCUGUGCCGGAACCCAAAGAUUCCCUCUCGUCUGGGGCGGUGACUGCGAGUCGACCCCUGAGGCUCUGGCGGAAUCCGUCCGUGGUGGUCUCUCCAUGGGUCUGAGCGGAUACUCCUUCUGGAGCUGUGAUAUCGGCGGCUUCGAGGGUUACCCACCUCCGUGGAUCUACAAGCGAUGGGUUGCCAUGGGUCUUCUCUGCAGUCACAGCCGUCUCCAUGGUAGCAACUCUUACCGUGUGCCCUGGACCGUCGACAACGACGACCAGACCGAGGAGGGCUGCUCCAAGACCCUGGCCAAGUUCACGGCGCUCAAGACGCGUCUGAUGCCGUACUUCUAUGCGCAGGCCAUGGAGUCGAUCGAGGGCGGUAUCCCCAUGUCCCUCCGAUCCGUGGCCCUCGAGUUCCCCAACGACCCCACAGCCUGGUAUCUCGACCGCCAAUUCAUGGUCGGAUCCCAGCUGCUUGCGGCCCCCGUCUUCGAAGAGUCGGGCGAGGUCGAGUUCUACCUCCCCAAGGGCAAGUGGACGUCUUACUUCACCAAUGAGGUCAAGACUGGACCUGGCUGGUUCAAGGAGAAGCACGCCUUUGGCACGCUUCCCCUGUACGUCCGCGAGAACACCAUCCUUGUCCUCGGCAGCCGCAAGCAGGUCGGAGCCGCUUACGACUACGCCAACGAUGUCGAGGUUGCCCUCUACCAGACUUCCCCUGGCGCCAAGACGACGGUUGUCGACGGCGAUGGCAAGGUUGUUGCCGAGCUUGCUGUCGGUUCUGACGGUAAGCUUGAGGGCACUCAGGCUCUCAAGGGCGAUUUCAAGGUUGUGGAGAAAGGUCGUGACCUUGAGGGAGAUGCUCCCGUGUCGAUUGAGGCCCUGUAA